AGCACCGUAGCUCCUCACAAAAACACUCGAGGGGUGUCGCGAGGAGCCAGAACAGCCCCUCAGCACCGAGUCCAGGCUGCGAGUGGGAGGGUGGACUUUGGAGGCAAAACAUGGCGAAUUAAACAAGUUUGGCUCCUGUCUGCAGGUAGAAACUGCACCAUAUCUGACACGGUCAAAUUGCAUAGACGACUUCCUAAGAAAAAAAAUAAUAUCCGGAUGCUGCAGAAGGACGGCAGCAGUUAACUUUAACGAGUGGAGUGCUCCAGGCUUCGAGCAUUACGGUGGCUGGCGAGAACACUGCGCCUGCCCGUGUUUUCCCCGGAAGGUUGGCAGUGCUAGGCGCGACUGUCAACACAGAAAAUGGAUGAGGAGGGAAAGUUUAUUCUGGAAACGAUAGUUUAGCUUGCUAACUUAGCUGCGUUCGCGAACCCGUUCAGGUUACGGUAGUCGGGCACACCUGAGUCGAUAUUCGGACUACCUUCGCGCACUUGGUGGACAUUUAAGUAUCUGUAAUAACUUUGACAACUACCGACACAGGAAACGAGUUCGUUUUUUUUCUUUUCUCCCCCACCCUAUUCUGCAGCAACAUUUUAGAAUCCUAUCCACACGAGGCUGAUAGUGACAGUGUGACGGUCGGUUCUGGUGCUGUGCGGACGGACCCGGACGGACGCCAUCACAUCAGACGUUGCGUUCUCCUUAAAAACAACCACUGCGCCCCCCCCUCCACCCCCACCCCAACAGCACCCCAGCCGUUGAUGUUGUCUUUACACUUUAUCGACGUGAUUAAGACGUGGUACAGUAGCCUAACCUGGGUGUAUUUGUGUUUUCCUCGACAUGUAUCCGGGUUGCGUUAGCUGGGAUGUCGUGCAGCGGCGGCGACGCGGCGUCUCGUCAGAGUAAACGCAGCAAGGUGUUCAGCGACCAGCGGAGGGGCGACGCGUUUUCCAGCCUGCCACUUGUUAAUUCGCCCCUAAAUGGUCCGGCUGGCAACGACGUCGACCGUUCGCCGAAAUAGUUAAACUUUACGCCGACGGUCUCGUAGCUCGAGGUUUAGCCGCGUGCCCUGUCAGACUGGUCGGAGUUGACGUGAGCUAGCCAGCUGGGCGAGUCUGUGGCGGGUCUGCCAUGGCUCUGCUUCCCUGAGGGCUCGUUCCGCAACAGCUUCGACACGCCGAGAAGCCAAAUCACUGGAUGUUUCCGGUAGACUAAGCCACCUCGAGCUCAUAUAAAGUCACUCGUUUUUUCCCCCUUUUCCUCCGAAGAUAUAUAGAUUUUUUUUUUUUUUUCGAUAAUUGGCUAACUUGUUAGCUAACGUCCUAAGUUUCGCCAGCUAUGUCUGAAAACGCCCCCACGCGAAGCCUGGAUGACAUAGACCUCGCAGCCCUGAGGGAUCCAGCAGGAAUCUUUGAGCUGGUAGAGGUUGUUGGAAAUGGGACUUAUGGACAAGUGUAUAAGGGCCGUCACGUGAAGACGGGCCAGCUGGCUGCCAUUAAGGUGAUGGAUGUCACAGAGGAGGAGGAAGAGGAGAUCAAGGCAGAAAUCAACAUGCUGAAAAAAUACAGCCACCACCGCAACAUAGCCACAUACUAUGGUGCCUUUGUCAAGAAGAGUCCACCAGGACACGAUGACCAGCUUUGGCUGGUGAUGGAGUUCUGCGGAGCAGGGUCAGUGACUGACCUGGUAAAAAACACUAAAGGCAGCACUCUGAAAGAGGACUGGAUUGCUUACAUCUGCAGAGAGAUCCUUAGGGGCCUUUCUCACCUCCACGCCCAUAAAGUCAUCCACAGGGACAUCAAAGGCCAAAACGUGCUGCUAACGGAGAACGCAGAGGUCAAGCUCGUUGAUUUUGGAGUAAGCGCUCAGUUGGACAGGACCGUGGGACGAAGGAACACCUUCAUAGGGACUCCUUACUGGAUGGCACCUGAGGUCAUUGCCUGUGACGAGAACCCGGACUCCACCUAUGACUUCAGGAGCGAUAUUUGGUCCUUGGGGAUAACUGCCAUUGAGAUGGCAGAAGGAGCUCCUCCGCUGUGUGACAUGCACCCAAUGAGGGCUCUCUUUUUGAUUCCAAGGAACCCCCCUCCAAAACUUAAAUCCAAAAAAUGGUCCAAGAAAUUCAUUGACUUUAUAGAGGGCUGUCUUGUCAAAACGUACACCAGCCGGCCAUCCACAGAGCAGCUGCUCAAGCAUUCCUUUAUUAGGGACCAGCCCACAGAGCGCCAGGUCCGAAUUCAGCUCAAAGACCACAUUGACCGUACACGCAAAAAAAGAGGAGAAAAAGAAGAGACAGAGUAUGAAUACAGUGGCAGUGAUGAGGAGGAUGAAAAUCGUGGGGAUGACAGAGAGUCAAGUUCAAUCCUGAAUGUGCCCGGUGAGUCCACCCUGAGGCGGGACUUCCAGAGGCUGCAGCAGGAAAACAAAGAGCGCUCGGAGGCUCACAAGAGGCAGCAAGCCCAACUGGCCGCCCAGCGCCGCGACCCCGAGGAGCACAAGAGGCAACUGUUGCACGACCGGCAGAAACGCAUCGAAGAACAAAAGGAGCAGCGCCGUCGACUGGAAGAGCAACAGAGAAAAGAGCGAGAAAUGGUGAGGCAGCAAGAAAAAGGUCCCCAUCGGAGACUUGAUGAUAUGAGACGGGAGGAAGAUCGAAGGAUGGCAGAGAGGGAGCAGGAGUUUAUCAGACAUAAGUUAGAGGAAGAGCAGCGGCAGUUAGAAAUCCUUCAGCAGAAGUUGCUUCAGGAACAGGCACUGCUUAUGGAGUAUAAACGCAAACAGCUUGAGGAGCAGCGUCAGUCGGAGCGGCUGCAGAGGCAGCUGCAGCAGGAGCAUGCCUACCUGGUGUCACUGCAGCAGCAGCAGGAAAAGAAGCCCCAGCUUUACCACUACAACAAAAACCUGGAGCCCAACAACAAACCUCCUUGGGCCCGUGAGGUGGAGGAGCGAAGCAAGCUCAACAGACAAGGUUCUCCCAAAAUCUGCACCACUGUCUCUGACACUGCCAUCCAGUCACGCUCCGACUCAAUCAGCCAGUCGGGAAUGGGCCAGUCUGCACAGACCCCACCGAUGCAGAGGCCAGUUGAACCACAGGGCGGGCAGGGAAAGUCCCUCUGUGACCAGCCCACUAAGAACAUGUCUGCAUUCCCCACCCAGGAUCCCUCCCUCACCCCCACCCCCCGCCCCAUCCAUUCCAGAGAGCUUGUACGUCAGAACUCUGACCCCACUUCUGAAAUCCCUGCACCUCAGACACAUCAAAUCAGGGAGGAUCGCGGCCCCUGGAUCCGCCUGCCAGACGUAGAGCUCCCACCCAAGAUUCCCCAGAGGACUGCAUCAAUUGCUACAGCUCUCAACACCAACCUAACAUCUGGUAUUAGGCAUCCAGUGAGAGCCAGCAAUCCAGAUCUCAGCCGUAAUGAUCGCUGGGAGAGAGGAGACAGCAUGAGCAUCUUAACCAAUCUGCCCCAGACGGGCUCACUGGAGAGGCAUCGGAUCCUCAGUUCCUCCAAAAUGGAUUCACCCAUUCUCGCCAAUGAUAGUCGCCAUAAGCCAGGGGAGUCUCGGACCUCCUCCCGCCCCGGGCGCCCUGCUGACCACGGCCUGUUUGCCAAAGAGCGUGCUGAGGAGCCACCGAGGCCCCCAGUUAAGGCCAAUGAUUACUCCUCCUCCUCCGAGAGCAGCGAAAGCAGCGAAGAAAGCGAAAGUGGCGAGGGAGCUGAGGAGGAAGAGAGCCCAACAGAUCGGCAUAGGGAUGCUGACACUGAUUCUGUCAACACCAUGGUGGUUCAUGAAGAUGAGGGAGAGGGGGGAGAAGGAGAUCAAGCUGGUGGAUAUGGGGAUCAAACCAUGCUGGUGCAGAGAACCCCAGAGAAGAGAAGUCAUAAUGGAUACACUAAUUUGCCAGAUGUGGUGCAACCCUCCCACUCUCCCACUGAUUCAGCCUCUCACUCCUCUCCUGGGAAGGACUCUGUUUAUGAUUAUCAGUCCAGAGGUUUGGUGAAAGCAUCCGGAAAAUCGUCCUUCACCACCUUUGUGGAUCUUGGCAUGUACCAGUCACCAGCAGGGACUGGAGAUAACAUGUCCAUCACCAGCUCGAGGUUUGAGCAGCUGAAGAUGGAGGUAAGGAAAGGAUCCAUGGUGAACGUGAAUCCCACCAACACAAGACCCCCUAACGACACACCUGAGAUCCGAAAGUACAAGAAGAGGUUCAACUCUGAGAUCCUGUGUGCAGCUCUUUGGGGUGUGAACCUGUUGGUGGGCACAGAAAACGGUUUAAAGCUGCUGGACCGUAGUGGUCAGGGAAAAGUUUAUCCCCUCAUCAACUCCCGCAGGUUCCAACAGAUGGACGUCCUGGAGGGCCUCAACCUGCUUAUCACCAUAUCAGGCAAGAAAAACAAGGUGCGCGUCUACUACCUGGCAUGGCUGAGGAAUAAGAUCCUCCACAAUGACCCUGAGGUAGAAAAGAAGCAGGGCUGGACCACUGUGGGGGAGAUGGAAGGCUGUGUGCACUACAAAGUGGUGAAAUAUGAGAGGAUAAAGUUCCUGGUGAUUGCUUUAAAGAAUGCCGUGGAGGUAUACGCUUGGGCGCCCAAACCUUAUCACAAAUUCAUGGCCUUCAAGUCUUUCGCAGACCUUCCACACAGACCUGUGCUGGUUGACCUGACGGUGGAGGAAGGCCAGAGGCUGAAAGUCAUCUAUGGCUCUUGCGUUGGCUUUCACGCCAUUGACGUGGACUCUGGAAACAACUAUGACAUUUAUAUCCCCGUUCAUAUUCAAAGCCAUGUGACCCCACAUGCAAUUGUGUUCCUGCCCAACUCCGACGGCAUGGAGAUGCUGGUUUGUUAUGAGGAUGAAGGCGUCUACGUCAACACCUACGGACGCAUCAUCAAGGACGUUGUCCUGCAGUGGGGCGAGAUGCCCACCUCUGUUGCUCACAUCUGCUCAAACCAGAUCAUGGGCUGGGGAGAGAAGGCCAUUGAGAUUCGCUCGGUGGAGACUGGGCAUCUGGACGGUGUCUUCAUGCACAAAAGGGCUCAAAGGCUGAAGUUUCUUUGUGAGAGAAAUGACAAGGUCUUCUUUGCUUCGGUGCGCUCUGGAGGCAGCAGCCAGGUGUACUUCAUGACUCUGAACAGAAACUGCAUCAUGAACUGGUGAAGGAACACCUGCUCUGGUCAGUGUGUGGAACCCGGCGGGGUCUGAAGAACCAAGUGCAUCCGCAGUCCUCGCUUUAGCAUGCACAGAAAUGUGAACACCACCCUCUCUUUCCCCACCGCUCACACACACUCAAGCACUCGUGCUGCAAAGACAGACCACACAACCUCACACAGGAGCACCACACACACAAAUAAUCUCUAAAUCCAUUCCAGCCUGCACACCUUAAGAAGCAGUUUCCACUGAGGCCUCUUGAUGACAUCCUCUCUGGAAGCCUCAUGAAAAAUUGCUGAUGGGCUUCAAAUGAUCAUUAUUCAAUUUGUACUGUGUAUAUAACUAUUCCUGCUUGAUUUACUUUUCUUGGUGGACCUGUGUUCAGUUGUAACCAUUUAGUUCCUAAUUGUGAAACGUGUUCCUCGACCAAUGUUUGUAGACAUUCGUAGACGGCUCCACAGUACGUUUAGAGGAAGGCAUUAUUUACCAGUUAUUAUUUAUGCACUCUUCACCAGUGCUAUAUGUCAUAAAUGAGUCUGUAAAUAGCACAGGUCGCUCAGAUCAGUAUCAUCCACAGACCGCCAUUGUUUAGAAAGGCCAGAUAAAGAAAAUGAAUACAGUUCAAAUGUUAAAACGCCCGUCUGUUGUGACUCGUGGUUCUCAGUUCUUUUGGGACCUCCCACAGGUUUACAAAGGCUCUAAGGAAGAAGUAGACAUGUUACAAAGGCCCGUCAAAGUUGUGGUGAAGUAACUUGUUUGAACACAUUCAGUUCUCUUCAGCAGCUGUGAAUGAGGAGGCUUUGCUCUCACUUUGCAUUUUUAAAAUGUUAUUUUCUCGAGUGGCACAUGAUGUCACACGUCCCAAUGUUCGGAAAUGGGGCUCUAUUGCUUGAGAAACAGAAUGAAUUUCAGUUCACCGUCAGGAGAAAAAAAGAGAUCAAACGAGUUCAAAGUCUCAAACCUGCAGCACUCGGAAUCAGUGCAGUGAAAAUUCCUGCUUUGCCUUCUUCUGCAUUUUGGGCGAAACCAUGAAUGUUUGUCUCAUCAGAGUUGUACCUAAAUUUCUUGUUUUCAUCCAUUUCUAAAAUAUACAAAUUUGAUAUUUAUAUGUAGUAAUUCUGUAUUGAUAUUAGCCUACUGGUAUUCUUAAUUUACUGUAACUAUAUUGCCAUCAUAUUGCAAUAUUUACUGUUCUCUUGGAGUGUUUGGGGGGGGGGGGCAGUGCGGUGCCCCCUUCAGAGAGAAGAGGGGGGAUGAUGUCUAAGAAAUGUGGAAGGAGGGGGUGUUACCUUCCCUUCAGAGUGAUCUGCUCUACUGUAAUAUAUUUUAGAUCUUAGAUUAUUUUGUUAGAGUGACUCUAUAUGUGAGAAGUGUUUGUAUUUGGGGGAUUGCAGGAGGACAGCUCUCUGUGCGCCGUAGUUCCUUCACGUCUUGAGCCAUUAGAACGUUUUAACAUAUAGGGGAAUCUGCAGUAUAAAGAGUUUAAUUCAAAUAAAAGCAGUCCUUCGUCUCAUCAAGCACUUUGGAGAACUCUCAAGAAUUAAUGUGUUUUAUAUCUUCUGCCAAAGUACAAAUAUAUUUUGCAACAAGGUGUGAAUUUAGGCCAAAGGAAGAAGAGCUUCAUUAUAUGCUGUCUGCAGGUCACCAGCCAGCGUGUUCCUCUAGCUUUAUUUUAGCUCUGGCUUUAUUUUAGCUCUGGCUUUAUUUUAGCUCUGGCUUUUCGUUACUAACAGCAAGUCGGACUGACCUUUGUUUAGGCAGUGGGGCAGAUACUGAGUGCUCUCAUACAGCGUACACUAGGGUAGAAGUAUGACGCUGCCCUAGCAGGAAGAAGCCGAAUGAAUCACGGCUUUUGUCUUUUAGUUCCCUCUCUUGCCACUGCACUUUGGUUGGUUUUAUCUGGAAAUUUUAAAGCCAUGACAGUGGUACUAACUAUUUCUUUAUGAUGGAGUUGUUGUGGAAUUCGUUAUUUUCUCUUUUUUGUUUGUUUGUUUGCACCGGUUGUUUUUAUGAUCUACCAGUACGAAACGCUUCCUGCAAUUGGAGGGGAAGCUUGGUGACGGGGAUAGACUAGUCCCCUGAAGUUGCCCGCUCACUGUUAUCAGAUACUUCAAGGGCAGAUCCGAACUAUCAGCUGCAAAGAAGCGAACCUAGGGACGUGCUUUGAUACUGUCGUAAAGAAAGGGAGGAGAGAAACGAGUCAGAGAUUUUCUAGAUAAAUGGCUUACCUUACAGCAAAGUUCUAGUACUGUAGAUGAGCACAGAGGAGACUUUACUUUAAUAAUCAUACAUGUACAGAUAUAUGUGAAGCAGAUACUUUAGUGUGCAUGUAAGCCAUUGAAAAAGGUAAUAUAGUACUGUAUCAGAAGUUGUUUUUCACCUUGAGAAAUGUGUUUUUGUUGUUGAAUAUCCCCUAUGUGCCAUGUCCUACCGUACAGAUUUCUCUUUUACGCUCCACCAGGAGCCCUGGCUCUCAUUGUAUUGGUCUUUUUUUUUCUUUUUCUUAAAUUCUUUUCAUCAAUCUGCCAUGUUUACAGUUUAAGCAGUGCCUUGGAGUUGGGAAGAAGAGAGGUUUAGUAAAGGGUUUUGAGGCUCCAUGCCACCUACCCCACCCUCACUUGUCUCUUACUUGAAAUAACACAAAUAUGAAGAGACACAACCAUAUUUGCUUCCUUUUUAUGAUUAACAUUUGGUGCCAGAUAAGUGUACUUAUCCUUUCAAAUGGUCCCUUAGAUAAACUUAAAAUGCCUGUCGGCACCACAAAAUAAAGUCCUUAAAUAACCUCCUUAAAAGAUAAAUGGUCCAAUCAGAAAGUGGCAAUAACAAAGGAGUCGCUACACGUUCGUCAGAGCUCAGUGGGACGUGUAAGGGGAUCCACUCAGAGUGGGAGCCAGCAUAGAGAAAAGCCAUGUAUAUGAAAUCUGUUUGUAGAAAACGUAGGUACUGCGUGCACGUCAACUGAAACUCUGUGAUGUCUGCUCAGAUAAUAUAGAUUCAUGCUGCACAGAUUAAAAUAAGCGCUUAUUCUUCAAUAAUGUUGAUUGUGUAAUCUUGUAGUGGGGAGAGUAGCUUGGUAUAUUCUGAGAAGCCUAUUUUAUAAAAUGUGUAAAUUAGUCUAUUGAGAAAUAAAAGUGAAUGUACAUCUAUAAGACAGUUUGUAUUUAUAUAACAACGUGUUCCACACUAUUAAUCAAAGCACAAUGUAUUUUAAGCCAGUGCGACAAAAGCUAUAAGCGAGUGUAACAGGGAGACGGAGGCUUCUUUUCUUUCCCCCCUCCAUCCUAUUAGUCGGCAAGUUUGUCAGCAUGAAAUCAGUCUCACCGUCGAUGUUGAAGGGCAGGUAUUCACCUGAGACUGCUGUGUUUCUGAGGACGGUGUCAAAAAAAGUUCAGCGUUCAUGUUGCAUCAACCAGGCAGAAAUGCACCUGCUAACAGAAGAGUCCACAGCGGCUGUUACAGUGUCUCACGUAAUGCUUUGGAAUCUGGCCUGUGCUGUAAAUCACCCGCCGAGGCUGACGGGCUCUAAAUAUUCUCAGGUGACCAUCGUAGAUGGAGUGAAGCGAGAAAAGCUUUUGUCAAAGCAACAUGAUGGAAAAGUCAAUAAUCAUUGGUUGACGGCUUCACGUGUUAACAAAAUCCAGAUUUUACACGUCAAAGCCCUCACACUGGUGUCUGGGUGUUACUGCACACGCGAGGGAAACCUUAGAAGAAGUCUGAAGAGCCGCCUGUGGCCUGGUAGACGGCUUCAUUUGAGCUGGCACUGGCUUGUUUCUAACAGCACAGACCUGAAAAUGGGAUGCAGGAAGAGAUGACACGGUGACAAGAUGGUGCAUCAUAGCACAUCUAUAGCACAUCGAAUAAACUUUGUGCGUUAAAGUUUGACGUGUAAAAUCCACGAAGUGUCUCUGUUGGGGGAAUGUUGUCAGACUGCUUCGUUUGUAGUCAAUUCAAAUGCCGUGUGUAUUUUCAGCACACUGAAGACGCGCAUUUAAAUGCUGUAAGGUCUCCAGAAUCCUAAAAGCAGCACAAACGUGUGCAACAAAUACGUUCCGCAUGGAAGAAAGCAAAAAGCCAUAGCAUCACAAUUUAGCUAACGUGAUUCAUUUUAAGUACAUUAUUUGCACUGUUGCGCUCACAAGGCCGAACGCCACACAAUGUCAGUCGUUUCCAAACACAGCAGAGGUUUCUGCAGUCAGUCUCCACAGUUUGGAACACAGAGGAGAGGUUCUGGCGGCCGGCUCCCUUAAAAAGUGUCAAAGCGCCGCAAAAGUCUCUGCCAAAGGGCCAAUGAAAGGUGGAACCUCCCAACUCAUUUUCAUUUGUGAAGAUACGUGUCAGUGAGGCUUCAAGUUCACAAAUCUGAUUUCUGAUUUCACGUCAGUCAGCCUGGAGCAGCCGCGAUGAGCGUUCGUCAUCUGAAAGAGGCACUAUCGGAGGGAGGGAUGGCGCUUCUUUUUUUUUUUAAAGCAAUACAAGCAUUGAACAAAUCAAAACCCUGACUGCCCAUCUCAGUGUGGCUU